AUGGCGCCUUUCGUCCUCAUGGAUCUCUCCGACGACUUCGUCGUCCCGACUGCAAAGACAAAGACCCCGCAAUCCUCUCGACGCACCUUGCUCCUGUCGCCACCGUCGCUCUCGUCCCAUCAAGAGAAAUUGACCGCUGUGCUAGAAAUGCACGAUAGAACUAUGACAGAUAUGCAGAUGCUGGAUAGACUAGCACUCGGCCUUGUGUCGCUCCCUCAAUCGACCUACGACCUUGUCAUGAUCCUUUCCGAUGCCGAUGGGUCUCGCCGCGAAAGUCAGAACUUGUUAAGUCGAGAUAUGCUUGCUGUUCUGGUGAAAGCACUGAAGAGCGGAGGGCAGUUGCGAAGUCAAGAUGGACAAUUUGGCAAUGUCGAUGGCGUGGAGAGAAAUGAAGCCAUCCUGGCGGGGCUGUCCUUCCAGCCAGGAGUGGGAUUUGUGAAGCCCGAUUUUGGAGGGCAGGAGUCGGUUCCUCUAAAGUUGGGAAGGAAAAAGACUGCGCAGGCCGCAGGCGGAUCCGAGACUAACGGCGAUUCCGUUUCACUCCCACUCAACGGCAAACGAAAGACUCUAGAGGCGGUCCCUGCGGGCGUCGGUUUUGAUGAUGGGACAAAUGACAAUGAUUCGGACGAUGAGUUAAUCGACGAAGACACCUUGCUCGAUGAGGAGGAUCUACAACGACCCAUCAAGAUUCCCGCCGAGUGCAAGCCUAAAGCGAAACGGCGCCGAGCGUGUAAGGAUUGUACCUGCGGGCUUGCACAGAAACUAGAAGCAGAAGAUCGGGCAAGGCGAGAGAAGGCCGACAAUGCGCUCAACACCUUGAAACUACAAGCGGACGAUCUCGCCGAAGUGGACUUUACGGUGCAAGGUAAAGUUGGAAGCUGUGGGAAUUGCAGUCUAGGAGAUGCGUUCCGGUGUGAUGGUUGCCCAUAUAUCGGCCUUCCCGCUUUCAAGCCUGGCGAGGAGGUUCGCCUCUUGAACAAUGAUAUCCAACUAUAG